CGCACGCGAGCGCCGCACGCCAGGGAGCAGUCGCGCGUCGUCGGAAUCGUCAGCUUCCCCCGUCGGGGCGCUGGCUAAGCCUAACCGAGGUUUUUAUCCGGUCCCCGCGAUGAGAGGGGCUAUGCAACGGUGUUGUUGAGGGAAACGCAGCGCGGCUAGGCAUGCCUAGGGGAAAACCCAGAGGACGCCGCGAAACCGGCGACGUCGUGAAAUGGCAGAUCAUCGAGCUCUGGGAGGCAGGCGUGAAGAACAAGAGCGAGAUCGCGCGCCGUCUCCACCUGUCGUGGACGGCCGUCAACCUGUGGGUGCAGCGCUGGGAGAGCGAGGGCCACCUGAACGUGCGGCCCCGGUCUGGCCGGCCGCGCACCACUUCGGGCGAUGACGAUACCACCGUGAACACUUACACCGCCUUCUACGGCGGAGCGGCCAAGCCGACCGUUCAGGUCAAGCUCGAGCGGCCGGACGAAAGACUCUCGGCGCAUCAACACAACCCUCCGUCUUUCGCGACUGCCGCUGCUGCGGCUAGUGGUGGGACCGAGCAAUCGGCUGCGAACGGCCCGUUGCCGCUGCUUCCUCUGCGUCAACUCACGGAUCCCACUUGCUUCGCGAACCAUCAGAGCGCCUUUAAAAGAAGCUUCGAGACGAACGGCGGGGACCCGCACCAUCCGGCCGAGCGUCACGAGGAAGUGGUCGGUCUCGAUCCUCCGCCGCCGCAAAGACUCAGCCUGGCCACUCAGACGGACGGCAGCAGCACGACGCCGCCAUCUGAGGUGGCCGGAUAGCCGAUGCUCGCACUUGACGAUGAACUGAAAAUACUUUAUUUAUUGUAGUCUUUAAAAUACCGUGAGACUGAUCGCCACGCGCUCAUCCAGUUUUGGGGCGCUGUGGGGAAGCGCGCGCGGCCUCUCAUAAUCAUCGCUUGUAUUUUUACAGAGGCGGUACUCUCUUUCUGUGCGUGAUGCGGCACAAUCUUCUGAAUUUAACUGGACGUGUGUGGAUAUAUGCGCGUAGACAUUCCAAAGCGCGGCAAAGAAAGGCGCCUGUUCCUGGUCGUGUCAAAUACCCCCAGUAUACGCAUCUAACUGAACUGUAAAUAGGCAAGGAUGGUGUGAAACACUUUACACAGAUUUGUGGGUUUUAUUGCACUUAUUCUGGCUAGCGGCAACUAAUAGUUUUAUCAACCGCUGCUCUGUUGGUCAAAAGUGUUCUGUGUGCAGCAGGCAGGAUUCUGUGUGCAGCAGGCUUUUUUGUGACUUUUCCCGCUGUGGUACUUUUCAGGCUUUCGCGCUGCGUAUACCGUAUUGUGUAUCGAGCACCUUUUUACUCGUGCAUCUUUGUCUGGUCUCGUGUACGUAGUUAAUUUUAUAGAAACCCGGUGAUUUUAAUAUAUUUAUGAACGCUUUAUGAAAUGCAAUAUGAACGUGAUCUCUCGGUGUGCUCCGCGCCAUUUUUUCCCCUCACGCAAAUAUACGAGUGAUAUGCAAUGUCAGUCGUGCAAGUUUGAAAGCGUUGUAAUAAACAAAGUGGAGUGGCGAA